AUGAAGAAAGAAGGUGAAGGAAUUGCAUCAUCCCGGGAAAGAAAACGCAGCAUGAAUUAUGAAGAUGAAAAGAUAGGUAGGCUUGUUAGAGAGUAUUCUGUUUCCACUGAUUUAGUCAGCGUAGAUUGGAAGAAAAUGAAGAUCCCAUCUGUUCUUCCUUCUUCUGAACAUACCUGGCUGUUUAAACUGAUGCAAUCUAUGACGGGAAUCCUUCAAGUCAAGGAUAAUUUAGAAAAUGAUUUGGGAAGAAAACCAACUGAUGAUGAAUUAGCAGAGGCAACAAAUAUGGAUGUUAUUCAACUCAGGAAACAAAUGGAAGUUGGUAGAGCUGCCAGAAACAAGUUGAUCAAGCACAACCUCCGGCUUGUUUUGUUUGUGAUAAACAAAUACUUUCAAGAUUUUGCAAUUGGCCCAAAAUUCCAAGACAUCUGUCAAGCCGGAGUGAAGGGUCUAAUUACAGCUAUUGAUCGUUUUGAGCCAAGAAGGAAAUUCCGUCUAUCAACAUAUGGCCUCUUUUGGAUCAGGCAUGCCAUUAUACGUUCUAUGACACUUUCAAGCUUUACCAAAGUCUCCUUCGGCCUUGAGUCGGUCAGAGUUGAAAUCAAAAGGGCCAAGUUAGAGUUAAUGUUUGAGCUGCAGAGAUUGCCAACAGAAGAAGAAAUUAUAGAAAGAGUUGGUAUCUCCCCCGAAAGAUAUCACGAAGUACUGAGAGCAUCAAAAUCAGUAUAUUCUCUUCAUGCACGGCAUGCAGUAACCCACGAAGAAUUCAUCAAUGGAAUUACUGAUAUUGAUGGUGCUGAAGGAGACAAAAGAACGCAACCUGCUCUUCUCAGGCUUGCUCUGGAUGAUGUGCUUGAUUCUCUGAAACCUAAGGAGAGUUUGGUUAUCAGACAAAGAUAUGGACUUGAUGGCAAAGGAGACAGAACUCUUGGAGAAAUUGCUGGCAAUUUAAAUAUUUCAAGAGAAAUGGUGUGUAUAUGGCAUCCAGCCCUGUUUUCCUUUUUCCUUUUAUUUGUAAUAUGA